AUGGCGAGCACCGCCUCUCCGCAGCCGACCCCAGACCAGUGCACAGCCGUCAACCACAGCAUCUCGCAGCUGCAGGGCAACCUCCCCACCCUGACCCUGUCUGGCAAGAUCCGAGUGGGGGUGACUUUCUUCCUCUUCCUCCUCUCCGCCUCCUUCAACGCCUCUUUCCUGCUGAAACUGCAGAGGUGGGCCCGUAAGGAGAGGGGGAAGGCGCGGUCUCGGAUGAAGGUGCUCCUGAAGCACCUGACCCUGGCCAACCUGCUGGAGACGGUGGUGGUGAUGCCCCUGGACGGGAUGUGGAACGCCACCGUGCAGUGGUACGGCGGGGAGGCCCUCUGCAGGGUCCUCAGCUACCUCAAGCUCUUCUCCAUGUAUGCCCCGGCUUUCAUGAUGGUGGUCAUCAGCUUGGAUCGCUCCCUGGCCAUCACCAGGCCCCUGGCUGCCAGGAGCAACCGCAAGCUAGAGCAGGCCAUGACGGGCCUGGCCUGGAUCCUCAGUUGUGUCUUUGCUGGACCACAGCUGUACAUCUUCAGGACGAUCCACCUGAUGGACGUUUCCGGGCAGACAGAGGUCUUCUCUCAAUGCGUCACACACUGCAGUUUCCCACGAUGGUGGCAUCAAGCCUUUUAUAACUUCUUCACCUUCAGCUGCCUCUUCCUCAUCCCUCUUCUCAUCAUGUUGCUAUGCAACGCAAAAAUCAUCUUUACCCUGACACAAGUUCUUCAUCAAGAUCCUCACAAACUACAACUGAAUCAAUCCAAGAACAACAUACCAAGAGCAAGGCUGAGGACGCUGAAGAUGACCGUUGCGUUUGCUAUUUCAUUUAUUGUCUGCUGGACUCCCUACUAUGUCCUGGGAAUUUGGUAUUGGUUUGACCCUGAAAUGUUAAACAGGGUGUCAGAACCAGUGAAUCACUUCUUCUUUCUCUUUGCUCUUUUAAACCCAUGCUUUGACCCACUUAUAUAUGGAUAUUUCUCUCUGUAA